GACCACGUGACCUGUGUUUACAUCCUCGUCUCAGCUGUUCUUUCUUCCUCCACUUCGCCACAGCCGCUCGCCGCCACUACUUAACCCGUUCACCAGUUCAGCCAGCUAGUUAUCCCUGUUAACUAGUACUUAGCAUCCCGUCGGAAACUGACAGAGACUGGUACCGUCUGAAAGUCAUAGUCCGUCGCAUUGCACAGACUGAAGUGCAUCCAGUUACAAAGAGUGAGUUAAUGCGACACGACACUGUCAUUUGCCGCAUGGACAUGACUGUUGUCUGAACUGACACUAGAGGAGUCACAGUGGCAGGGUCCUUCAGCAGGCUGUUCAUCUCCAUGACACUCUGAGGAGGAAUCACUCAUCCUGAGUACGAGUUCUGCCCUUGUGUUUCUCAUUUCUGUUUCGCCAUGGGGGGAGCUGUGAGCGCCGGGGAGGACAAUGAUGACCUCAUUGAUAAUCUGAAGGAGGCCCAGUAUAUUCGCACAGAAAAAGUCGAGCAGGCUUUUCGGGCCAUAGACCGCGGAGACUACUAUCUGGAUGGCUACCGGGACAGUGCCUACAAAGACUUGGCGUGGAAGCAUGGCAACAUUCACCUGUCUGCUCCGUGUAUAUACUCGGAGGUGAUGGAGGCCCUCAAACUGCAGCCAGGACUUUCUUUCCUCAAUCUGGGCAGUGGAACAGGCUACCUGAGCACAAUGGUUGGCCUCAUCAUUGGGCCGUUUGGUGUGAACCAUGGAGUUGAGCUCCAUAAGGAUGUGGUUGAAUAUGCCAGAGAGAAACUGGAUGAUUUCAUUAAGAAUAGUGACAGCUUUGAUAAGUUUGAGUUCUGUGAACCCGUCUUUGUGGUGGGAAAUUGCCUUGAAAUCUCGACAGAUAGCCACCAGUAUGAUCGCAUUUAUUGCGGGGCUGGAGUACAGAAAGACCAUGAAAAUUACAUGAAAGUACUGCUGAAAAUUGGAGGCAUUCUAGUGAUGCCUAUAGAAGAUCAGCUGACCCAGAUAACCAGGACUGGCCAAUGCACAUGGGAGAGCAAAAACAUCUUGGCUGUGUCCUUUGCCCCUUUGGUCCAGCAGAGCAGAGCUGAUGGAGAGAAAGCUGACACUGUCCAGCUGCCUCCGGUGACCGUCCGCAGCCUUCAGGAUCUGUCUCGGAUCUACAUUCGCCGCACUCUCCGAAACCUGGCCAAUGAGGACAGUCAGGGGAAGGGCACGGUGCAACGGGUCCCCCAGAAACGCAAACGCAGGCGCUGCCGACGGCGACGCAUCAACACCUACGUUUUUGUAGGCAAUCAGCUGAUACCCCAAAUGGUGGAGAGUGAAGAGGAGGAACACAAUGAGGAAGAGCACAAGGAAGUGGAGGAGGAGGAGGAAAGAGACAUUGGCGACAUUGAAAUCCUUAAGCAAGUCAACGUGUUGAGAGACCAAAUAAUGGCUCUGCCGCUGCCGGAGUCACUUAAAGCGUACUUGUUGUUCUACAGAGAGAAAUGACCACUCCAUUGUCAAUGGGUGCAGCGCCUGCUCAAAUGCUUUUCUCCACCGUUUUCAGUACAAAUGUAGCAUUAUUUCCAUGAAAUCUUGAUGACAAAACUGCAAUGAAAGAGACGUCAUAGAUAAUAUUGGAUAAUAAUGUUAUGAUUGUCAUGUUACAUUUUCAUUUUUUUGUAUAUCAGGAAAAAAAAAUAUAAAAAGUAUACUUCAAUGGACGUAGUUUCCAAAACCCGUUUUCAGAUUCAGAUUUUAUCUUAAUGUUAAGAUGUCUGCAGACAUGUGCAGAUGCAAAUUGUACAAAAAACAAAUUUCUUACUGUAUUUGUUAAAAUAUGAUCAUGCUAAGACUUUUAUUGCACCUUUUUUAGAAGCUUUAGCCGACUAUCAGUGUCUGUAAAUUUAAUAAUGCUGAAAGAAAUAAGACACUGAAAUAAGGCCACAUUAUCCCAUAAUCAGUCGGAGAGAUGACGACGGUGACAGGCUUGUAUAAUCAUGAAUAAGGAACUUGUCAUGACUCCUCAUUUUUAGCUUUAGGUCAAUGUGUUUUCUACCUUCCUAUUACAAAAAAAAAAAUCACGACGAAAUAAGACUGGUUCAUAACCUUUUCUACCGUGCACCUUUUCUUGUAACUUUUUCUACCAGGUGCUGACAUUCUUGGUUUUUUUUUCCACUUUGCGUACGAGAAGGUUUGGUUAGCGUCCCUGAAAAUGACCAUUUCUCCUCCCCAUAUUUUCUUUUCUACUUUUAAUGCGAAUAAUAUUAGUUCUAUCAUAUCACACACUUGAAACGAUGACAGAACUGAUGAACAGAGGGGUUUUCACAUUUUUAGCUUUCAAGACCAAACUGGUAAAGUUGAGACGUUGGUCAGUAAUGCAUGAAUAUUCUGUAUAUGUCUUGGGUGUUGUUGACUUUGCUUCACAUCUUAUGAUCGGUCACUGGAGGUGAUGUUCCAAGUGAUCAACUUCUGAAAUGUAGAGACGUUCUUUCACUAAAAGGACUCGAGGAAUAUCUGUGAAUUAGACGGCCCUUGCAUUUUUCUCGCCCCUCUUUUUUUUUUUUUUUUUUUUUUUAUUACUGAUAGCAAUGCAAAAUCAGAAUCGCUGAAGAUUUUGAAGCCUUUUCUAUGCUGGACUGUAGACGUAUCGGCGAAAGCACCUUAUUCUGCGGUCCUCAACUGAAAAAUAGGUGCCAUUUUUUUUGGCUUAAUUUGUAUUGUGGACUGGACUUUACAGUUACAAACAAGUAGAAUUAACUUGCAGAAUUUCCCUGAUGGUGAUGGCUUCUAAGUGCCAACGUACCCCAUCACAUUAGGACAUCUGCAAGGGUUUUCCGUUUUAUUUCCGGCACACAAAAUUUACCCGACCGAUGGUACAUUCCACAGUAUAAAAGCGGUAAAAAAAAAAAAAAAAAAAAAGUAAGAAAAAAGGAAAAAAAGCACAUCACUGAUAGAUGUCACACUUUCUUGCUUUACUGUCAUGAACUUGGACUUUUCUCCAUCUUACUUUGAAUGCAUCAUUUAGUAUUCUGAAAGCUGAGUUGAAUGUUGUUGAUAUUAAUUCUAUUCAAUAUAAAAGUGAUAUAUAUGUACUGUUAUAUGAUUCUGCAUACACUUUUUUGGCAUCUGGUUUGUAGUAGCACCCUUUUUGCUGUACUGUAUUUUGACACUGGGAACUCCGUAGAUCAAAACUUCACUGCUGUCUGUUAAAUAGAAAAGAUAUAUUAGUGAUAUAGAUCUUCAUUUUGUUCUGGUGUAAUAACAGAUAUUUUGUUUUUAAACGGGACUGAUUAUAUUAUCAGUAGUUUUUGUGUGUGAAGAGGUAACAUUUGUUUUCUGUAAGGUUUUGUUUUUUUGUUUUGUUUUUUUUUACCUUCAUUGAAAAGCUUUGCAAGUAAGCAAUAAUGGAAUAAUUUCUCAGCUUCUAAAUACCAAUAACAACAUAGUCCCAUUUUGAUUUGCGUGGUAUCCAUUAAAACCCACAUGAGAUAUUACAGGCAUGCAACAAUUUAUACACCAUUAUCUAAAAUGUAAUUGCCAAUUAGAGAGCGUAUAAAGAACUGAAUGCAGGGGACCUACAACCUCGACACUCAGGUCAGGCCUUGCACCAAAGUUAAUGGGACUGCUGUGAUUACAUUUAAUGCGGAUGAGAUUUGACUGCAAAAAAAAAUAAAAAGCAUUCACUAAAGCUCAAGUCCAACCCAGUUUUGCGCUCUUAUUAACUUAAUUUGCUGAGGGCCAAAACGAUUAUGUUACACUUUAUCAGGCUUAGGUUUAUUUCUCAUUGUGUGCUCAGUUCAUUUUGGAAAUGUGUUGUUUCUUCGUAAAUGUUCAACAAAAAAUAAUAA